AUGGGUCAGUCUGAAAGAGCAGCUUUGAUAGCAUUUGCUUCGCGAAACACUACAGAGUGUUGGUUAUGUCGUGACAAAGAAGGGUUUGGGCCAAUAUCGUAUUAUGGCGACUUUACGGUCUGCUUUAUUGAUGGCGUGCUUUUAAACUUUGCUGCUUUGUUCAUGCUAAUAUUUGGUACAUACCAGGUAGUUAAAUUGAGCAAAAAGGAGCAUCCCGGGAUUAAAUAUAGGCGCGAUUGGUUAUUGUUCUCAAGAAUUACUCUAGUAGGGUGUUUCCUCUUGUUUACUUCAAUGGCUGCCUAUUACUCGAGUGAAAAGCAUGAAAGUAUUGCCUUGACAUCGCAGUAUACUCUCACGCUUAUGUCGAUCUUUGUGGCCUUAAUGCUCCACUGGGUUGAGUAUCAUAGGUCGCGCAUAUCAAAUGGUAUUGUGCUUUUCUACUGGUUAUUUGAGACGCUUUUCCAGGGCUCUAAGUGGGUGAAUUUCAGUAUAAGGCAUGCUUAUAACUUGAAUCAUGAAUGGCCAGUCUCUUAUAGUGUUUAUAUCUUGACGAUAUUUCAAACUAUAUCCGCGUUCAUGAUUUUGAUACUUGAAGCAGGUUUUGAAAAGCCUUUACCAUCGUACCAGAGAGUCAUUGAAUCUUAUUCAAAGCAAAAGAGAAAUCCUGUAGAUAACUCUCAUAUCUUUCAGAGACUAAGUUUCAGCUGGAUGACCGAAUUGAUGAAGACUGGUUACAAGAAAUAUCUCACAGAGCAAGAUUUGUAUAAAUUACCGAAGAGUUUUGGUGCUAAAGAAAUCUCGCAUAAGUUUUCUGAACGUUGGCAAUAUCAACUAAAACACAAGGCCAAUCCAUCUUUAGCAUGGGCCUUGUUAAGUACCUUUGGUGGAAAGAUUUUAUUAGGUGGUAUUUUCAAAGUUGCCUAUGAUAUUUUACAAUUCACCCAGCCUCAAUUGCUAAGAAUUUUGAUUAAGUUUGUCUCAGACUACACUUCUACUCCAGAACCUCAAUUACCAUUAGUCAGAGGUGUUAUGUUGUCAAUUGCUAUGUUUGUGGUUAGUGUGGUUCAAACCUCUAUUUUACAUCAAUACUUCCUAAAUGCAUUUGACACAGGUAUGCAUAUUAAGAGCGGUAUGACAUCCGUUAUCUAUCAAAAAGCGUUAGUCCUAUCAAGCGAAGCUUCAGCCUCGUCAUCGACUGGUGAUAUAGUUAACUUGAUGAGUGUUGAUGUUCAAAGAUUGCAAGAUUUGACUCAAUGGGGACAAAUUAUAUGGUCAGGUCCUUUCCAAAUCAUUCUAUGUUUGGUUUCUUUAUACAAACUUUUAGGGCCAUGUAUGUGGGUUGGUGUUAUAAUUAUGAUUAUAAUGAUCCCGAUUAAUUCUGUAAUUGUCAGAAUUCAAAAGAAGCUCCAAAAGAUUCAAAUGAAGAAUAAGGAUGAAAGAACUAGAGUAACAUCUGAAAUUUUAAAUAACAUAAAAUCUUUGAAAGUUUACGGAUGGGAGAUUCCUUACAAGGCUAAAUUAGAUCAUGUCAGAAACGAUAAGGAGCUAAAGAAUUUGAAAAAAAUGGGUUGUACUUUAGCGUUGGCUAGUUUCCAAUUCAAUAUUGUUCCAUUUUUGGUGUCAUGUUCCACAUUUGCUGUUUUUGUGUUUACCGAAGAUAGGCCACUAUCUACCGACCUUGUGUUUCCGGCAUUGACUCUAUUUAAUCUUUUGUCAUUCCCUCUUGCGGUUGUGCCUAACGCCAUCUCCUCUUUCAUCGAGGCGUCUGUUUCUGUUAACAGAUUGUACGCAUUCCUAACUAAUGAAGAGUUGCAAACUGAUGCCGUUCAUAGGGAACCAAAGGUAAAUAAUAUCGGUGAUGAAGGUGUAAAAGUAUCUGACGCUACAUUCUUAUGGCAACGUAAGCCAGAGUACAAGGUGGCAUUAAAGAACAUCAACUUCUCUGCGAAGAAAGGUGAACUUACAUGUAUUGUUGGAAAAGUUGGAAGUGGUAAAAGUGCUUUAAUACAAAGUUUAUUAGGUGAUUUGAUUAGAGUGAAGGGAUAUGCCGCUGUUCAUGGUAGCGUUGCUUAUGUCUCCCAAGUCGCAUGGAUUAUGAAUGGAACUGUUAAAGACAAUAUUAUCUUUGGUCAUAAGUAUGAUCCAGAAUUUUAUGAACUAACCAUCAAAGCUUGUGCUUUGGCUAUUGAUCUAUCUAUGUUACCAGAUGGUGAUCAAACAUUGGUUGGUGAAAAGGGUAUAUCUUUAUCAGGUGGUCAAAAAGCUAGAUUAUCUUUAGCUCGUGCAGUAUAUGCUCGUGCAGACACCUACCUUCUCGAUGAUCCAUUAGCUGCCGUUGACGAACAUGUUGCGAAGCAUUUAAUAGAACAUGUGUUAGGUCCACAUGGGUUAUUGCAUUCUAAAACUAAAGUGUUGGCUACAAACAAGAUCAGUGUUCUCUCAAUUGCAGAUUCCAUCACCUUGAUGGAAAACGGUGAAAUCAUUCAGCAGGGAACCUAUGAAGAGACCAACAAUACUACAGACUCACCUCUAUCCAAGCUCAUCAGCGAGUUUGGUAAGAAAGGAAAAGCAACACCUUCCCAAUCUACUACUUCCUUGACAAAGUUAGCUACUAGUGAUUUGGGAUCAUCCUCUGACUCGAAGGUAUCCGAUGUUUCUAUUGAUGUGAGUCAAUUAGAUACAGAAAAUUUAACAGAAGCAGAAGAAUUGAAGUCGUUAAGAAGAGCUUCGAUGGCAACACUUGGUUCUAUUGGGUUUGACGAUGAUGAAAACAUUGCAAGACGGGAACAUAGAGAACAAGGAAAAGUCAAAUGGGAUAUAUAUAUGGAAUACGCUCGGGCUUGUAACCCACGCAGUGUCUGUGUCUUCUUGUUUUUCAUUGUUCUUUCAAUGUUAUUGUCGGUUCUCGGUAACUUUUGGUUGAAACACUGGUCUGAGGUUAACACUGGUGAGGGAUACAAUCCACACGCUGCUAGAUAUUUGUUGAUUUACUUUGCUUUGGGUGUAGGAUCUGCUCUUGCUACUUUAAUUCAGACUAUUGUUUUGUGGGUAUUCUGUACUAUUCAUGGCUCUCGUUAUCUACAUGAUGCUAUGGCCACUAGUGUGUUGAAAGCUCCUAUGUCAUUCUUCGAAACAACUCCUAUUGGUAGAAUUUUGAAUAGAUUCUCGAAUGAUAUUUACAAAGUCGAUGAAGUGCUAGGUAGGACAUUCUCUCAAUUUUUCGCAAAUGUUGUCAAGGUUUCUUUCACCAUCAUAGUUAUUUGUAUGGCAACUUGGCAAUUCAUUUUCAUAAUCUUGCCUUUGAGUGUGUUGUAUAUUUACUACCAACAGUACUACCUAAGAACUUCGAGAGAGUUGCGUCGUCUCGAUUCUGUUACCAGAUCACCUAUCUAUGCCCACUUCCAAGAAACAUUAGGAGGGCUCACAACAAUUAGAGGUUACUCUCAGCAAACCAGAUUUGUCCAUAUUAAUCAGACAAGGGUCGAUAAUAAUAUGAGCGCCUUUUAUCCAAGUGUCAAUGCCAAUCGUUGGUUAGCCUUUAGACUUGAAUUUAUCGGUUCUAUCAUCAUUCUAGGAUCCUCUAUGUUAGCUGUCAUUAGACUUGGUAAUGGGACAUUAACGGCUGGUAUGAUAGGUUUGUCUUUAAGUUUCGCUUUGCAAAUAACACAAUCUUUGAAUUGGAUUGUUAGAAUGACUGUUGAAGUUGAGACUAAUAUCGUCAGUGUUGAAAGAAUAAAGGAAUAUGCGGAAUUGAAGAGUGAGGCUCCUUACAUUAUUGAAGAUCAUAGACCUCCAGCUUCGUGGCCAGAAAAGGGUGAUGUUAAAUUUGUGAAUUAUAGCACACGUUACAGACCAGAGUUAGAAUUGAUAUUGAAGGAUAUCAAUUUGCAUAUUUUACCAAAAGAAAAAAUUGGUAUCGUUGGUCGGACGGGUGCUGGUAAGUCAUCAUUAACCCUUGCUUUGUUCAGAAUCAUUGAGGCGGCUUCUGGUCAUAUAAUCAUUGAUGGUAUCCCUAUUGAUUCUAUUGGCUUGGCAGACUUAAGACAUAGAUUAUCGAUCAUCCCUCAGGAUUCUCAGAUUUUUGAAGGUACUAUAAGGGAGAAUAUUGAUCCAAGUAAGCAGUAUACUGACGAACAGAUUUGGGACGCUCUUGAGCUAUCACAUUUGAAGAAUCAUGUUAAGAAUAUGGGACCAGAUGGAUUGGAGACAAUGCUAUCAGAGGGAGGUGGCAAUUUGAGUGUAGGGCAAAGACAACUUAUGUGUCUAGCUCGUGCAUUACUAAUCUCGAGUAAGAUUUUAGUAUUGGAUGAAGCCACAGCUGCGGUAGAUGUUGAAACCGAUCAAUUGAUUCAAAAGACAAUUAGAGAAGCCUUCAAGGAAAGAACAAUUUUGACAAUUGCUCACAGAAUAAACACUAUUAUGGACAGUGAUAGAAUUAUAGUUUUAGAUAAGGGUAGAGUUACAGAAUUCGACACUCCAGCAAACUUGUUGAAUAAGAAGGAUUCUAUCUUUUACUCUCUUUGUGUUGAAGCUGGAUUAGCUGAAUAA